GGACCUUAUCGCCACAACCUAUUCCACGGUAUCUCUCCGUGGACUCGGCCUACACCAUGCUCCUGUGGUCGCGACCAUAGCAGGACUGCCCCGCUCUCUCCCUCCAACUUCGUCAGAGGCCCUACCUCGAGCCUUUUGCCAGUCACGGAUGACACGUAGAGCCCAUCGUGCUUUCAUGGGAGCCUCGGCGCGACCAGGUCAGAUUGCCAGAGUCUGUAAAGCAAGCGUGUGAACCCAGCAACACACCUGUUUCCGAGGAUACGGCUUAUAAUCUGCUUCCAAGAUUUACGCAACGCCGGUACAGGAGAUCGGGUCUCUUCAAAAGCCCGCGAUGUAUAACCAAAAAUGUCCGUGCUUGCGAGUCAUAUGGAACUUCGACAGUACCACUUAUUGGGAUCCGGCUACAAAUCAUGCAUGCGCAGUUGGUAGCAUGGGAGAAAGGCAAGACACAGCUUGCUGGGACCGGAAAAUAAUUUCAUAUAUGUGACCGGCCAGUCCGACAAGAAUGCGCCAAUGCCGUUUCCGGGAAUCUGGUGUCAACCAUGGCCUUUGAGCCGCAUCGAUACCAAUGGAGCCAGCGAAUCCGAUCUCUGCAUACAGGCUCGAGAGUAGAUCGGCAUCCGGUAUGCUGCACGCAAUCUCCCAGACACAGCCAUGACAUGUGCUGCGAAGAUUCCGAGAUCAAGUAUGGUUCCUAGGCUGUGGACUUUCGCCACCAGCAUCCACAAUCUGGCAGAUUUUCAGCGAUCAGAGCGGUCACCCACCACCAGAGAGCCCGCUUGGGUCCAACAACAUUGUUCGCAACCAGCAGAGUAUGGCUUGCAGGGCAGAGCUGCGGUCGCAGACAUCUUCGCGGGCCGCUCCGACGCACAGAUCACAUAUUUGAUCUCCCACGACAUGUUCCAAUUGAUCUGCCAUUGGUUGAACACCGGGACUAACACCUUGUCCUCUUCGACAUCUCGAACUCGCCACACUAUGAUAUGUCAAGUUGGCGAAUCUUACGCCGGACCAAGUGGUGGUCUAUAUUCGAUGAGCACACCAUAGGUAUCUGCUCCCAACCUGUCAUCCACCACGU